AUGGCUGUCUUUAAACCUUCAUUCUGGCUAUUAGCCAUACACUAUGUCAUAGCGUUGUGUUUUAUAUCUUUUAGUGAUGCCAAAGAGCAUUCAUUCACUCAAUCUUCCGAUGCUGUCCCCAAGCGGGUGGCAAUAAUCGGAGCUGGAGCGGGAGGUUCUUCCACUGCAUUCUCUCUACGCAAAUAUGCAGAUGCAUCCCCAAUUCCAGUCAAUCACCUAAAUGUUCUAGACCAUCCGGCAUAUCCUGUGGAGCUAGGUGCAUCGAUCUUUGUCAAGGUCAACUACAACCUCAUGAACGCAUCCAAAGAGCUCGGUUUGUUUGUCGAUAGCGCUGACGCAGCCCGGCCGAAGGAAGCCGAUGAUAGUAUCGGCAUCUGGGACGGGAAGCAGUUUGUCUUCGUGUUGCAGAAUAAUAGUUGGUGGAACAUUCCUAAGCUGCUCUGGCGUUACGGCUGGGCACCCAUUCGGACCCAGAACUUGAUGAAGACCACAGUCAAUAAGUUCUUGAAACUCUAUGAAGAACCUAUGUUUCCAUUUAGGUCCCUGACUGCCGCAGCCACCGCAGUUGGUUUGCUGGACUCGACUUCAACUCCUGGUGACGUUUUUCUCAAGGAGAAUAACAUAUCUCCUGACUUCUCUCGCGAUAUCAUACAAGCUAGUACACGAGUCAACUACGGGCAGAAUCUGGGUCUCAUACAUGGCCUCGAGUCCAUGGUGUGCAUGGCUACAGAAGGAGCUGUGUCUAUCAAGGGUGGAAAUUGGCAAAUCUUCCAUGGAAUGCUGAAGGCCGCGCAAGCCGACGUUCGACUCAACCAUACAGUGACCUUCAUUCAGCGUAAUGCUGAUAACACAUUAACUCUAACUUACAAGGCCAACGACUUGAAGGAGCAGAAACUCGUUUUUGAUGAAGUAGUGAUUGCGGGUCCCUUGCAGCAUUCCGGGCUCUCAAUUACUCCUCCAGUGGAAAAGCAGCCAGAUGAGGUUCCGUUCGUAACACUCCAUGUGACCUUAUUCUCCUCACCACAUAAGCUCUCAUCUAAAUUCUUUAACAUCCAUGAGGCCAAUGCCCAGACCCCCGAAACUAUUCUCACCACCGUCCCCAGCGGCCUCGAUCUGGGCUCCGAAAAGGCAGGAGUGGGUCCAACCGGUUUCUGGAGCAUCAGCACUCUCCGAACGGUGGAUCAUCCCCCGGCAUCUCCAGACCAGAAACCGUCGAAGCACUACGUCUACAAGGUCUUCUCACCCGAGCGGUUAUCAGCUGACUUCGUAAGAAGCAUCUUGGGUCUGGAGAGCCCAUCUGAUCCUGUAAAGAACAACAAUGCGACUAUUGACGAUCUCUCCAAGCAGGAUAUCAGCUGGCAUCAUGAGAAGAUCUGGAAUCCUUACCCGUUCCUCUACCCACGAGUCACAUUCGAGGAGACACUCUUGUCCCCUAAUAUCUGGUAUACCGGUGGGAUCGAGAGCUUCAUCUCUACGAUGGAAACGAGUGCGCUGAUGGGUAAGAAUGUCGCCACAUUGCUUUUCCAAUCAUGGCAGGAACAGAAAGAGGGAACUGUAGAGGAUGACCCGGUCGUGGACUUUGGGGAAAGGGUUGAGUUGUAG